AUGGCUAACCCUUACCCAAAGCCAGCUGACCCUAAUGACCGUAAAGGGGUUUUGGAUCGUAAAGACGUUUACUACACUUCAUUGAUUUCAUUGGAAUCAUUAGGAUUUUGUUCAGUCAAUCUGUGUGUACUGACUUGUACUGCUAGGUUGAGGAAACUUAUCAAGGACUUUGGCAGUAAAGGAAUUCCUUCAGUAGAUGAUUCUCUUUGGACGGGUCUUUUGGAUCUGGUAUUGCUGGAACUAAGGGUUCCCUUCAAGUCACAGCUGAUUUCUUUGAAAACAAGAAACCAGAAGUUUGCAGUUACAUUAAGAGCCUUUUACAGGUGGGGACAAGGACGUGGUGAGAGACACAACUGGUUUGUUACCAAGUAUCCCUACCAUGAAGUCAAGGCUGGAUUUGGGUCAGAUUUUGUGUCUGCUGAAAUGUAUGGGCACAUACUUCAGUGGCUGGGGCAAUCCUUGACACGCCGUCUAGUGAGAGAUAAACGUCGCCCUUACACUAAGUCAGUGACUCAGAUCUUUACUGUGCCGGAUGUUGAUGCGAAUCUCCAAUGGAGUACACACAGGCUGCAUGGCACUGCAUUCUGUAUGUGGCCAUUAAGGAAGUAAUCAUAUUCCUUGCUGAGAAACUGACAGGGAGAACCUACUCUUCAAUCAACCCAGAGUGUCAAAGGACAGAAUUGCAUUCAAAAGAGCUUUAAUUGCAUAAUUAUGAUGCUCCUUUGAAAGGGUUACUGUUUUAAUGAAUGCAGCCAACUCAUUGAUGCCUUGAUGUGGUUUGGUUGUUCUCUGUACCUUUCUUUCAUUCACAUAUGGACCCGUGAAGAUUCCAGGGUAGAAUAAGUCUUCAGCAACCCAUACUUGCCGUAAAAGGCGAAUAUGCUUGUCGUAAAAGGCGACUAACAGGAUCAGGUGGUCAGGCUCGCUGACUUGGU